UAUCGAUGCUAGUUAUCCUGCUGAACUGCGUGACCCUUGGGAUGUACCAGCCUUGUGUCGACGAUCAGUGCGUCACGAACAGAUGUAAAAUAUUACAGGUAUUCGACGAUAUAAUUUUCGCGUUUUUCACACUGGAGAUGACAAUCAAGAUGGUCGCGAUGGGCGUGUACGGACACAGCACGUAUCUCGCCGACUCCUGGAAUCGACUCGACUGUUUUAUAGUAAUGGCAGGAGCAUUGGAGUACGCACUGAACGUGGAGAACAUAAACUUAUCAGCGAUCAGGACUAUAAGGGUGCUCCGACCACUAAGAGCCAUCAACAGGAUACCAAGCAUGCGGAUUCUGGUAAUGCUGCUCCUUGACACACUUCCGAUGCUCGGGAAUGUUCUAUUACUCUGUUUCUUCGUAUUUUUUAUAUUCGGAAUAGUCGGUGUCCAGCUGUGGGAAGGAAUAUUAAGGCAGCGCUGUGAACUCGUUUUACCGACCAACGUACUCAGACCUAACAUUUCGUUUUACUACGAGUUCUCUAAAGAGCUGGAUUACAUUUGCACGACACCAGAGGAUAGCGGAAUGCACCAGUGCGGAGACUUUCCUCCCUACAGAUACGGACCUUUAGUAUGUAAUGAGACGGCCAAGCCUUUCUCAUAUAAUAGACCUUCUAACGCUUCCUGUGUAAACUGGAACCAGUAUUACACUAAUUGUACUCAAAGAGGAGCCAAUCCAUUCCAAGGGACUAUUUCCUUUGAUAACAUCGGACUUGCGUGGGUCGCUAUUUUCUUGGUCAUUUCUUUGGAAGGUUGGACAGAUAUAAUGUAUUACGUACAAGACGCUCACAGUUUUUGGGAUUGGAUUUAUUUCGUGCUCCUCAUCGUGAUCGGGUCAUUCUUUAUGAUCAACCUUUGCCUGGUCGUGAUCGCGACACAGUUCAGUGAAACAAAGAAACGUGAAAUGGAACGUAUGAGAGCUGAACGAGCACGGUUCACAUCGUCCUCGACCCUCGCUUCGUCUACCAACAACAGCGAACCGGCGACUUGUUACGCGGAAAUCGUGAAAUACGUUGCGCAUCUGUGGAGGCGAUUCAAAAGACGAAUGAUGAAAAAAAUAAGGGUAUAUCGAUAUCAACGCGCUCAGCUCCGCUGGAGAACAAGUCGGGAGACGCUACAAUUGCCAUCGAACAAAACAAGACAGCAUCACCCUUGCUGUCCACGAGUGCAUCCACAGGGUAACGGUAAAGGUGUUGAAGAGGGUGGCGAGGAGCCCCUGAGUCGACCCAGCCUGUUGCGCGUCCCUUCACUAUCCGCAGCCGAUCUUGAGAACGCUUCAAAUCUCUCGCUGCUGUCACCUCCAUCGCUAAUAAGAAGAAGAUCGUCGGUGAUGUUUAGCGACACAGUGUUACUGCACACGCCGAACGCGCAGCACGUGGCUCAUCCGCAUAACGUAUGCUCUUCCGAGAAGAUGACUCAAACAGAAUUUGACCUGCCAGCAGGAGACACAGCUGAAGAACGAGCAGCCGCAGGUGGUACUAUGUCCUGCCAAGAACUACUUGCUUUGUCUGGAGCAUUGUCAGCUGCUUUACCUACUGGACAAGUAGCACUGGAUUCCUUCUUCGAAGAACUUACAAAGGGAAUCAGUAAGAGGGCCGGUGAAGAUAAAGCAGACACUAAAACUAUAGAAAUUGAAGACUUUUCUUGCUGUGUUGAUCUAUUGAUGGCCGAAGCUGCAGCUAAGGAAACUAGAAAAGGCAGAUUGAGAAACGCAUGCUGCAAGUUCUGGAAAAGUUUUUCCAAUUUUUUUUCUGAUAAACGAAAACGUAUAAAGGAAAUUGCCGAUCAUAAAUACUUUCAACAAGGUAUUCUGUUAGCUAUACUGAUCAAUACGCUAUCAAUGGGCAUUGAGUACCACAAUCAACCCGAGGAGCUCACUGUAAUAGUCGAGAUCAGUAACGUUGUGUUCUCGGCCAUAUUCGCUAUAGAAAUGGUUUUCAAGAUCAUUUCUGAGGGCCCUUUUAAAUAUAUCUCCAACGGAUUCAACGUAUUCGAUGGGAUAAUUGUAAUUCUCAGUGCGUUCGAGCUAGCACAGAGCUACGGUAACGAAAAGGACUUGGCAGGAAGUUCUGGUCUUUCGGUGCUUCGGACAUUUCGACUCUUGCGUAUAUUAAAACUGGUACGCUUCAUGCCGAACUUGAGGAGACAGCUUUUUGUAAUGCUGAGGACAAUGGACAACGUUGCAGUAUUUUUCUCCUUGCUUGUUCUAUUCAUCUUUAUAUUCAGCAUCCUCGGUAUGAACCUCUUCGGGUGCAAAUUCUGCGAGAAAGACCAGCAUGGCGAACAAGUGUGCGACCGAAAAAACUUUGAUACGCUCUUGUGGGCCUUUGUCACGGUGUUUCAGUUUUGCAAGUACGUCGAGGACAAUGGCGCCGAGCGUGAUUGCACCUGCCCCGAGAUUGUUUCGCAUCAUCCCAAGUGUGAAUGCGACAGGAAACAUUUUAAUAACAUCCUUUGGGCGACGGUCACCGUUUUCCAGGUAUUAACUCAAGAAGACUGGAACGUUGUACUGUUCAACGGAAUGGAGAAAACAAGUCACUGGGCCGCUUUAUAUUUCGUUGCGCUUAUGACUUUCGGGAAUUACGUACUGUUUAAUUUAUUGGUAGCUAUACUGGUUGAAGGAUUCAGUUCGGAGCGAAAUGAGAGAAGGGAACGUGAGCAACGCGAACUAGCAAAGUCUAAAUUAUCAAGUGAAUGUUUCUCUGAAAACAAUGAGUUACAAUACGAUGAGUCUAAUUCGGCAUCGCAUUCCAGCGAUAGUUUCUCCCAGAAUGAAAUAAAGAACUAUUGGAGGUCCGCCGAUGACGUUAGAAAAGCCAAAGACGACGUAAAUGGCCACAAGGAUAAAGCGAUGAAAACUAAACGUAAAUCUAAAUCUUCACACCAUCCGACCCUGUGCAAGGACUGCGCCCAAUCAAACAAAUGCAAUAUACAAAAGGAAUCAAAGAUGCUAGCAAGCAAUGCAGUAGUAGCUGAAUCCGCAGCAGUUCCAAUGAUAACUCACACUGCAGCUACACCACAAGACUCACCGUCAACAACCUUGGAACCGGGAGCUUCGUUUAGAGAUUUCAAUAUGACUUUGAGUCUGGAGCGAUCAUCCAUGCUCUCUAGUUUAGAUUCAAUCGAUCGAACAUCUUGCGCAAGUAUUCCCGGACUACUCAAACCACCGAAUAGCUACACGCUCACACUGCAUUCAGCUCAGGCUCAACUCGGUGCUGAGAAAGCAAGACUUCCUCCGUUAACACUGGCGCCUCCUCCAUUAACCCUCGCUCUUCCACCGCUCCGGACCUCUUCACCGAGUCCCACAACUCCAACCACACCAAAAUCAAUGCCGUCUCCAGUAUUACCAGAAAAAAAUCUACAGGUCACAAUAGCCAAAGAUGAGAAUUGCUUGAUCACGAGUGACAAAUCUAGUCUACUGAGUUCACAAAAGAAUAUAAGUAUAGUUAGUACUACAGCCAACGGUGAGGACAAAUGCAGAGUACAAAGAGGAUAUAGCUGGCGUCUUUCCAAACCAAGUCUGAGAAGGAAACCGAAACAGAGGACCGGAUCUGAUUCAGAUGCGAUUGUCUUGAACAAUGGGAGAGACCACGCUGUUUGUAACGGAUCAGGUCUUAGGAAGAACGAGCUGCUUCUGUCCUCAUCGAUAGUGAUCAAGAAUGACACCCAGUCGGAAUACCCAAACAACCGAUCUCGUUCACAACUUCCCGCGCCCAGAGUAUUAUCUGCACCAGCCAUGAAAGUAUCUGCACAAAACGCUCCCUUAUUACCUGAUGUUUCAUGGAAGGCUCCGGAAGCAGGCUUUUCCUCGGAUUCGACUGUACGACUUGACGCGGUUAAACCACACCGACUAUCACUAACCAAUGACUACAUCACCGUAACAACAGUGUCGGAAGUGAAAUCUAGCAACUUGACUCCGCCUCCUGCGACAAUAUCCCGAGUUCCGUCGUUACCGCGGACUCCGAGGAACGAAGUAUCCACGCUACCGACAAGACCUAAUAAUCAACCCCUUCCACUCAUUAAGCAGAUUAAUGAAGAGGUAACGAUAAGCAACAACGUGUGUAUCUUUUCAUCACGUUUCGACAGAAGACAAUUCAGGUUCAAAGAUCUCUUCCGGUUCAUGGAGCCAACUGGAUGCCUCAAAGAGAAAGAACAUUACUCUCUUUAUAUUUUCGCUCCGGAAAACAAAAUGAGACGUUUUUGCGUAUGGAUAGUGACCCGAAGUUGGUUUGACAAUAUCGUCUUACUGUUUAUCGCAUUAAACUGCAUCACCCUUGCAAUGGAACGCCCGAACAUACCGCCUGAUUCUAAAGAGAGACAGUUUUUAUCAAGUGCCAAUUACGUAUUCACUGCUGUUUUCGCUAUUGAAAUGUUCAUCAAGGUGGUUGCAUCAGGAAUGUUUUAUGGGCAUGAAGCAUAUUUCACAUCAGGAUGGAACAUAAUGGACGGUUCGUUAGUGAUCAUAUCAAUCAUUGAUUUAUUAAUGUCAUUAGUAUCAGAAUCAAGUCCACGGAUUUUCGGAAUUCUCAGGGUAUUCAGAUUACUCCGUUCUUUAAGGCCGUUAAGGGUAAUCAACAGAGCUCCCGGCUUGAAGCUGGUGGUUCAAACGCUACUUUCGUCUUUAAGACCCAUCGGAAACAUCGUAUUGAUCUGUUGCACGUUUUUCAUAAUAUUCGGUAUUUUAGGAGUCCAGCUGUUCAAAGGAGCGUUCUUCUAUUGCGAAGGCGCGAAUAUAAAGAACGUUAAGAACAAAACCGACUGUCUGGCCAUUGAAGGAAAUGUGUGGGUCAAUAGGAAGUACAAUUUCGAUGAUCUUGGCAAAGCUUUGAUGUCAUUGUUCGUAUUGAGCUCAAGGGACGGUUGGGUGAACAUAAUGUAUACUGGCCUUGACGCUGUUGGUGUUGAUCAACAGCCAAUAGUAAACUACUCGGAAUGGCGUCUCCUCUACUUCAUUGCAUUUAUACUCCUAGUCGGAUUCUUUGUUUUGAACAUGUUCGUGGGGGUUGUGGUAGAGAACUUCCACAGAUGUAGAGAGGAACAAGAAAAAGAAGAACGUGUUAGGAGAGCCGCCAAACGAGCUCUGCAGAUGGAAAAGAAAAGACGAAAAAUGCAUCAAAGACCAUAUUAUGCAGACUAUUCUCAAACACGACUGUUUGUUCACAAUGUUGUGACUUCAAAAUACUUUGAUUUAGCCAUUGCUGGUGUGAUUGGUCUUAACGUGGUCACAAUGGCUAUAGAGUACUACAAAAUGCCGCCGGCAUUGCAAUACGCUUUGAAGAUAUUCAAUUAUUUUUUCACUGCUGUCUUCAUAUUAGAAGCAGUAAUGAAACUCGUUGCGCUGGGAUUUAAAAUAUAUCUAAAAGACAAAUGGAAUCAAUUAGACGUGAUAAUCGUAAUAUUGUCAAUUGUCGGUAUAGUUUUAGAAGAAUUAGAGACGAAUAUAAUUCCAAUAAAUCCUACUAUAAUGAGAGUUAUGCGAGUUUUGAGGAUCGCAAGAGUUUUGAAAUUAUUGAAGAUGGCAAAGGGUAUUAGGGCCCUUCUAGAUACAGUAAUGCAAGCGUUACCGCAAGUUGGAAACCUGGGCCUGUUGUUUUUUCUGCUGUUCUUCAUAUUUGCGGCACUGGGAGUAGAGCUAUUUGGCAGACUAGAAUGUUCUGAUGAAAUACCGUGCCAAGGUCUUGGAGAACAUGCCCACUUUGCCAAUUUCGGAAUGGCAUUUUUAACUUUAUUCCGUGUAGCGACGGGCGAUAACUGGAAUGGUAUAAUGAAAGAUACUCUGCGGGAAGACUGCGACAGUUCAGUGGACUGCGUUCGCAACUGCUGCGUGUCUACAAUCAUUGCGCCUAUAUUUUUCGUAGUAUUCGUGCUUAUGGCACAGUUUGUACUCGUCAACGUUGUCGUGGCUGUCCUAAUGAAACACCUAGAAGAAUCCCACAAACAAAUGGAAGAUGAAAUCGACAUGGACGUUGAGCUCGAGCGCGAAUUGGAACGGGAAGCCGACGACGAAGAAGACCGAGCACUGUGCCGAGCCCUAGAAGAAUGCGUAUCCCCACCACGGCCACUGAACAAGGUACCAUCCCUUCCCGCAAACUUUACAUACAGCGAGCCGAAGCAGCCGCUGCCGUCGCCGGCCCGACGCCGCCGCACGAUGCACUCGCACCACGCGCUCCUCCCCGGCCUCCCCCCUACUGGGCUCCCCCCGCGCCGAGCCUCCCUCUCGCCGCACGCCUUCGGGCGCCGCCGACAGGACUCCGCAUCUGAGCCACCUGCCGCUCUCUACGAAGAAGACGCUAGAUUUAUCGACGCUGACGACAUCGAAGAAUUAGAGCCCGGUAGCCCUCCGAGACGAGACUCCUUUGCCCAAAAUCGAAGGCAGAGGGUUGACAAACGAAACUCUCUUCGCGGAGAAGAAGCCAGACUUUUGCGACCCGCGCUUUUGUCCGUUCCUACUACACGGCAGAGCGUCCGACUCAGCGGACCCAAACGAAGGUCAUCAACAGAGUCUGCCGUCGCGUGUACUUCAUUGCGAUCUCCCAACCAACAGAACCAAGCGGUUCCCGAAGCUAUCGACCGACUUAUAAGCGAGGAGGAAAAGAUACGUAUAGUGAUCGCGGAGAGGCGGAAGAUCGACACGGGACGGCCCGACGUGGAGGAAGCAGUCGAACUGUCAGAGCGUGGUUCUUAGUGCAGGCGCGGCCGGCCGCUGCUACACCAUGAAGUCUACAUCUAGACGCGAUACAUAAUCGCAUCCCAGAUGAUCAGCUUCUCUUCCUUCUCUAUCUUCCGAUAUUUUACUCUACCCUGUCACUUCUGGAACGUUCUUGAUACGGUCGAACAUUGGAGUCGGUUGCACAAAAAUGCCAAAAGUGUUUGUUAAACAUUGUACAUUUGAUGUGAAUAUAAAUUGUGCCAAUGCAUUAUUGUUUCAACCGAUUUAAGUAUGGUGAUGCUUUGUCAUUUUCGUGUCAGGUACUACACUAUUUAGUUCCUUAGUGAUUUCCGAUUCAACCUUUCUCAUCUUAACCAGUUGCGGCCGGUUCGAAGACUUCUGAAGAGACUUUAAUAAAGUUAAGAGUGUAUAAAACUGUGUAGAUAGGGCUUAGAACUAGUCAAUUUGUUGUGGUGGGACUUUUUCUACGUGAGCUGAAGUUCACUACGUAAUUUUAUUAUUAGGACGGUGCUUACUGUUAAAGUUUUAUCGAUUUUGUUCAAUAUUCAAUCAGUGAGUAUUUCCAUUAAGACCUCAACGAAAAAUUUCGUUUUUAGUAUAACGUAACGAAAUUAGGUUUUACGUAGAUUUUACGUGCAGAUGUUGAGUCGUAUAGAUAUAUUGUGCGUCAAUUUGAAUGUUAGUUUUAUUUUAAUACUAAGCACGGGUUUCGAAUCAUUGAAUUAUGGUAGUAACUUUAAAUGUAAUCCAACGAUCUGUAGACAAAAUCUUUAUUAAUUUUGAGUAUUUAGUUAUAUUAUUAUUAUAAUCAUGUUAAAAUAUUAGUGAACGACUGUGUAGCCUCGUAGAUUGUUGUUACUAGUUAGAAUUUCGUCAAUAUAAUGUGUUUAAGACGGAACCAAUCGUUUGCGAACUCUUUCAAAAUGUAUUACAAACUAUUUUCUCAAUAAAUAAAUCAUAUUUUCUUACAGAUAACAUAGAUUAUUAACUGGUAAAACGCACAUAAGCAUAGACAGUAGACUCGUAGUGCAAGUGUGAGUUACAGAAUUACUGUUCGUUUUCAUUGUGGUCGAAAUAAUAAUUUAAUCUUAGGACUCUCAUUCCGUUGUCAGAUAAAAGUGAUUCUGAAAAUAAAGUACAAUGGAUACAAAUGAAAAAUUACUUUUGGACGAACUAAAACAAUUGAACUGGAUGCAUUGAAGUUCAGUCGGAUUAUAAUUAUAUUGAUCGUUAACUUUUAUCUGACGAUUGAAAAAUCAGUACUCACUAAUCUAAUGUGAAUCGACGUGAGCAGUGCCAAAUAAACAACGACUAUUCUAUGAAAAGAAUACGUUGGCAAUUUUUUGUAAUUCCUUUUUCUUUUAUAUCGCUUUUGAAUUUCUUUAAAACUCUUCGAUUUUAAUACUGAACACAUCUGUUAUAUAGCCGCUGAGAGCAACAACAUAUUUGAAAGCAUAUUCAGAGCGAUUAGAACUAGGUUUAUUACAAAAAAAAAAACGUACUUUCAAACUCCUAGUUACGAUAAUGGAAAAGUACUUAGUUAAGAAAGUCAGCAAUAAAUUUUAUACUUCAACUGUGCCUUCCCUAUUUCUAACGUGUUAGCUCGAUGGAUUAAACUUGAUUAGGCUUCUGAAAUUUAAAUAUAUACUGUAGUUAGAGUCGGUGGAUAGUUACAAAAUUGAACCUUGUUGAAACUAUUAAGUUUUUGUUGUGUGUGCUAUUUGAAAGUUUAUAUAACGUAAGACGGUUUCCCUCGAAACGGAAUUAACUCCAUCUAGUACAGUCGGCAAGUUGAAAAUGGUACAAAAUUUGGUAGACCUAUAUUCAGCGUUAAAUUAAAAUUAUAAAUAAUGGAGAUGGAGUUCCGGGAGUUAAGAGUUUUUUUAUUGGAAAUUUCCUCCUCUUUCAGAAUCUGUUUUUUAAAUUUCUCAAAUAUUAAUAGUUUAUGAAAUAUUGGCAAAAACGAAAUGCUAUUUUUUUUUUCAUCUUUAAUUGCUUAUAACUUUUGCAAUUUUUUUAUGUGCUAAUACACGCUUUUAGCACAUUUUUCUAGGCGUCAUUCCGGAUCCAAUGAGCUAUCGCACAUGAUUUUAUGAGCAGUAUCUCUAUUUUGUACCAUUUUCAACUUGUCGACUGAUCAUUCCGAAUACUACAAACUGUUCCGCUUUCAAUUCAGUGAACCUUGCAUUACGAACUUGUACUAUUUAAUAUUAAUGUCUUUGUUCCUUCGUUACAUUGCUUCCAUCGCUUCUAUAGUGACUUCAGUAAUCAAGUUAGCUUAUUAUUCUUUGUGCUUCUUCUUCCAUUAAAACUUUUCUGUACAGCGUCUUCCAUUUAACGUAUUCGCCAUUUUUAACUUGAAAAAAAAACGAUUCAGAAUUACAAAAUUAGUCUAAAUAAAUCUGUAUUUUAGAGAAUAAAAAAAAAACAGUCCUUAGAUAUUAUGAUUUCGUCGUCAUACAAAAGAAUUGAUUGAAUGGAAUUUAGUAAUUUAAGUAUACAGUAUUUUCGUGAUAAAUGAUAAGCUACGUGAUAAUGAUGAGUUUUUUUUCUUUACUGAUCGUUUACUUGUAUUAAGUGGUAUGAACAAUGUUCAUAGUUGAGUACAUCUGUUGUAUUAGCUGGUGAUCUGUCAAGUUACGAAAGUUUCAUCAUGUUAG